UACUUAUGUGUGGUACUGUUGCGUUCUAAGGCAUUGUGAAAUUACGCUUUUUGUCACGUGAAAAAGUACUCUUGGACGUUUUCAUGUAUGUGAGGUAUAUAUCAUCUUUUAUCAAUAUGUUAUAUAAACGUGACGUUCAAAAUAGUAAGUAAUAUCCGGCCAUCAACGGGGUCGUCCGGCUUGGAAGCGAAAAAACUGGAGUACAUGAAGGCAACAUGUUUGCCUGUCUUCCGGUGGUGUGGAGGUCCCAGUAAAGCGAUCAUGACCGCUGUAGUAGUCCGCCGGCUUGCUGCUCUUUCUGGGGCUUCAGCGGUGGCACUUGGUGCUUACGGGGCGCAUGGUUUCAAACACAGCGACCCUGAUGAUUACCAGAGAGUGCUAUUUGAAACAGCCAACAAGUACCAUUUCUAUCACAGCCUGGCCCUGCUGGGUGCCGCCCACUCCAGCAAACCUGCUGUGGUGAGUGAGCUUUUCAAGAAACUGAUAAGACGUCUAUUUGAAAUAUGGCUCUUGGCUCUUGUGUGCAAAGUUGGUGAUGAAAAUUCAGGUGUACUUCGCAAUGAUUCAAUUUGAAUAAAGCGACAGCCUUCUCAGCAGGGGGUUGCAACGAAUGGCGUCAUCCAAAAGUUUUGUUUUUGCACAAAAAAAAAAAAA